UUUCUUACUGGUUUAAUUAGUUCUUGUCAUUGUCCGGCGGAGGGGGAUUAAACUUACAGCAGUCCGCAAAGUAGCAGCAAAGGCAGUGCUUCGGUUAUAUUUUCAGCUGGGAGCCGGGGCUCUGUAGACGGGACCUGAGUUUGUUCCUGCUGCUCAAAAAAGAAAAAGAAAAAGAAAAACCCACGCAUGUUUCCCUGUUUGGCAUGCAUUUGUAAAGCGCUGUGUGUCGCAUUUCACUUGUCUACUUUCUGUUCGUCCAGGAGGAGCCGAGGUUAGGAUCGACUCCUUUAGCCAUGUUAGCUGCAACAUGCAACAAAAUAGGGAGUCCGAGCCCUUCACCGUCCGCAAUUUCGGAUAAUUCCUCGUCCUUUGGGAAAGGCUUCCACCCGUGGAAACGAGCCGCCGCGAGCAGCUGCAGCCUCGGAUCCGGCCUGUCCGGCUUCGGGGUGUCCCGUAACGGAGCCGGCAUCUCGGACUCAUUCGGCACCAACAGCUCCCCCGGAUCCAGUGCCUUCUCCCUCACGUCUGGUACCUCAACUAGUUCACACUUUGGAAACGAUUAUUCUGUAUUCCAAGCGUCGGUUUCGAGCAGCUCCCAAGAGUCCAGCCACCAGCCGGUCUUCAUCUCGAAGGUGCACACCUCAGUGGACAGCUUGCAGGGCAUCUAUCCGAGGAUGAGCGUCGCGCAUCCCUACGAGUCCUGGUUCAAAUCGUCCCAUCCCGGUAUCCCGACAGGAGAGGUCGGAACCACCGGAGCCUCCGCGUGGUGGGAUGUGGGUGCGGGAUGGAUUGAUGUUCAGAACCCUAACGGAGCAGCACUACAAACGUCCUUACAUUCCGGUGGACUCCAGACCUCCUUGCACUCUCCUCUGGGCGGAUAUAAUUCUGAUUACUCGAGUUUAAGUCACUCUGCUUUCAGUACAAGUCCCUCUCCACACCUGUUGACAACCGGCCAGCACCUGAUGGACGGUUUCAAGCCGGUGUUAUCCUCUUAUCCGGACACGAGCCCCUCUCCGUUAGCCGGGGCGGGGGGCACUAUGCUCUCCGGGGGUCCACCUGCGUCUUUAGCGGGGUCCCCGAGGUCAUCUGCCCGGCGCUACUCGGGCAGAGCCACCUGCGACUGUCCGAACUGCCAGGAGGCGGAGAGACUGGGACCGGCGGGCGCCAGCCUCCGGAGAAAAGGUCUCCACAGCUGUCACAUCCCCGGCUGUGGGAAGGUUUACGGGAAAACGUCGCACCUAAAGGCGCACUUGAGGUGGCACACCGGCGAGAGGCCGUUUGUGUGCAACUGGCUCUUUUGCGGGAAGAGGUUCACGCGCUCCGACGAGCUCCAGCGACAUUUACGCACACACACCGGCGAGAAAAGAUUCGCCUGUCCGGUGUGCAACAAGAGAUUUAUGCGGAGCGAUCACCUGAGUAAACAUGUAAAAACUCACAGCGCCGGAGGAUCCGCCGGCUCUGGCUCCGGGGGCAGCGGAGGGAAGAGGGGGAGCGACACCGACAGCGAGCACAGCGCGCCGGGGAGCCCUCCGUGCCAUUCCCCCGACCUGUUGCACCCACCUGAGUCAACCCAGGGAGUAGGCAUGAACGGCCUCUAAAGCUCACCUCAGUGAAGUGAAAACAACAACAACAACAACAACAACAAAAAGACUGUCAGACAACACAGUGUUGUUACUGGAAUUGUCCGAGGGGACUUGAAAGUGGACAUACUUUGGUGUAUGCUUCAUCAUGACUGUCGCCAUUUAAUGAGAAAAAUAGGCCUAUACGUUUCUUUGACUUUUUCCAAGUGUUUAAGACUACUAAUUGCAUAAUUUUCAUAGCUGUGCCAUCAGAAAAACAAAAACCUUCUCAUUAAUACAUACACGGCGUGAAAGUUGUAAUCAAGUUAUUGUGGACUGCGCACUGGGACAGGACAGAAGCUUAUUUUUUUGUCCUGGAUUCUCCCCCUCGAUGUUUUAUAUUCCCGGGGUGCGAGACGCAAAACAUUAGAAAGAUAAAAAAAUAAAUAAAUAAAUAAAUAAAUAAAAAAACACUGCUGUGAAAAACGUAGGCCUGCAAAAGUCGUGCUACUGCUGUCAUACAUGUUGUUCAGAAACCAAACUGUGGCACUUUAUUAUCGUUCACUUGUGUCGCUGUGGACGGACGGACGGCACAGAUACCUGUAGAGCACGCUGAGAUGUGGGCUGGGAAGUUUUGUUUUGGGUUUUUUUCCCCCCCAUUUUCUCCGUCUGGUCCCCGUCAUUACGCAGGAGCAGCUGUAGGUUCAUAUCACAUAUUGCUUAUCCACACCACAGCCUACAGUGCGUGCGCCAAGUUUGUAAGCAGUGAGGUCACUUUAGCUUCACGUCGCUGCAAAAAAUGUGUUUGUACAUAAUGAGAAAAUGUAGGUUUAGAAUAAUUACAGCCCGAUGUAAAGGUGAGUAAUGUAUUUGUCCAGGAGACGAUUUUGUAUAGGUAUUUCUAGUUGUAUAUGGACUCUAGUAAAUAUUUGAAAAAUAUACGGAAAUGUACUUUGAUUUUUUUCUUUGACAUGAUAUGAAAAAUGUAUUGUGGGGAGUUAUAUUUAACCACGAGUUUUCUUGUAUUUAGGGGUCUAUCAUUAGGCGCACUUUGAAUUUAUUUGUAAGGUUUUGAAAUCAUUUACUGUUUUACCCACUCAUUUAAUUUAAGCAAGCAUGUUGUAAAGUGGUUUUAAUUUUACAAUGAUAUUUUUUUUUUCCCUCUCUCUCUUCCUCCGAGAAUGGCUUUUUAUGUGAGCCACUCAAUAAAGUCAGUAUGAAUUCAGAAGAUCGACUCAGUUUGUUUGGUUGUUGAGUCGACAGAAAUUUGUAUUUUUUUUUUUUCCCACGGCAGACCUGAGAGUGUUAAUUUGGCCUCGAGUGUAUCUUUUUAAAAUAUUGCGUUUUAUUUAUUUCUUUAAAACCAUGACUUUGAAAUAAUCCAGGUGACCUCCGUGGCACAGCUGGUGGUGUUUAACACGUUAUUCAGGCCAGGGUGAGGGGAGAGGGCCUGCAGCGAGACCGAGGCCUCACCCAGAAAUUCAUUUAAAUAAUUUUGAUAGUAAAAUUAAACAAUUAAACGGAACUGCAGAAAAAAAAUAAAAAUAGCAGAGUUGUAGGAAUUUAAAUUCAGGCGAAAUUUAAUUAUUCCCAGUUAAAUGUCCAUUUUUUUCUGUUGAGCGUCAAAACGAAAACUUCAAACUUGUCUGAGCCCGGAGUUAACGCAGGUCAAACACCCCUGAUCACAUUUACACACACACUUUAUAGUAUUUAAACAGCUGUGUGAUACUGUGUACAUCACCUUUAUUGUUGUAUUUCCAAAUGUACGUCAUUUAAUAUUUUCUUUCGGUUUGAUUUGACUUUUUUUUCCCCAAAAAUCCGAAAAUGUAAAUUCGUUUUUUUUUUCCUUCGUAAUCAAACUUUGAGCAGAUCUUCCUUCAAAACACGCAAACCUGCUGGCGAUUCAAAAAAAGUGUUAUGAAUAAAUGCGCAGUAGGUUUUAAUGUUUACAGAUAAAUGUUUCCAUUACUAACAGCAGCCUGUAAAUAUAUAAAUAGUGAACACACAGUUUCCACAAAAGGUCAUUCUGUGGCGAGGAGUCUUGUUCCCCUUUAGGUUUAAUUGAUUACAAGUUAGACUUGUCUUUUCACUAAAUAAUCUAAAGUAUCACCACAACUUGCAUUUAUUUCUGAACAUUUGAUUCUAUCGCUAUAUGCUAUUUUUUUUCCUAUUCUUUCGUAAUAAUGUAUAUUUGGGUUUAAAUAACUGUCUAAGGUCCCACAGUUGGCACUCUUUUCAAUUAAGCGAGCAGUCUGGAUUUUCUGUUUCCUCUCAGUUACAACGUAUAAUACAUAUAUCUCAGUUAUUCCUAUUUUAUUUAUUUAUUUUUUUAAUGUCGUUUCUGGUGCUUUUACGUAUCAUAUUUCAAGCACCUAAAACCACAUCCAAGUGUGCGCACUGACGUCCGGAACCUCUAAAGUGUUCAACACAGAAUAUAAAUAUGGAAACUAUUUGCCAUUCUCGUUAUUACUAUAUAUUUUACUAGUGCUGUUGAUUUCUGUCUCUUGGGUUUAUCGUGAGGUGUGAACUGAAGCAGCAUCUUUCAAACUUC